AUGGAGGACCUGUGCAGCGGUCUGGAUCGUCUCUGGGACUGGAACCUCACCUGGUACACCCCCAGACCAGACCUGACCCAGUGUUUCCAGCACACUGUACUGGUGUGGUCCCCAUGUGUUUACCUGUGGACCUGUUCUCCGUUUUACCUGCUCUACCUGCAGCUCCGCCACCACCGAGGCGUCAUCCCUCUGUCCAAACUCUGCUGCUGCAAGACGCUCCUCGGUCUCACGCUGGCGUCCUUUGGUCUUCUGGAGAUGUUUUACUUUGUGGUGAAGAAGAACGAGGAGAUCCAGAAGCACCUGCUGAUCCUUCUGGGUCCGCUGGUCCGGAGCCUCACUCUGGUCCUGGCUGUUGUUAUAAUGCAGGUAGAGAGGAUGAAGGGCACUCGUUCAUCCGUCCUCCUCUUCUUCUUCUGGAUUCUUAUGGUUUUGUGCUCCGUUGUUCCUCUGAAGGUCGGCAUGGAGCAGAUAAUUGAUCAGGGUUUUUCGUCAGACCCCGCCCCUUUCAUGGCGUCCUUCAUCUGUUUUUCCCUCCAGUUCUUUGAACUUGUCCUCAGCUGCUUCUCGGACCGCCGUCCACUCUCUGACAGACGCGUCUACACUCAGAACCGAUGUCCAGAGGAAGACGCCUCAUUUCUUUCCAAAUUUUUCUUUUUCUGGUUCAGCAGUUUGGUAGUGCGGGGUUACCGACGCCCCCUGCAGGCCGCAGAUCUGUGGGCUCUGCGGGAUCAGGACUCAUCGAUCCGGAUUAUGACGGACUUGGAGAAGUUUUGGACUCAGAACCAUGGACAGCUGCAGUACGACUCUACAUCUGUUUGUUCUGCUGGACCAACAGAGGAAAUUCCCCUGCUGAAGAAGAACAGGAAGGGGCGGGGCUACGACCUCUUCCUCAUACGCGCUCUGGGGCAGAGCUUUGGGCCAUACUUCCUGUGUGGGACACUGUGUCUCCUCCUCCACGAUGCCUUCAUGUUUGCCGUGCCACAGGUUCUCAGUGAGCUGCUGAGCUUCAUGCGGGACAAAGACGCAGAGACAUGGAAGGGUUUCCUGUUCGCCUCGCUGCUUUUCCUGCUGUCCUGUCUCCAGUCUGUCCUCCAUCAUCAGUACAUGUUCCACUGCUUCACUGUGGGAAUGAGACUGAAGACAGCCGUCACUGGCCUCAUCUACAGGAAGAGUCUGGUGGCGAGCAGCGCGUCGUCACGGCGACGCUUCACUGUGGGAGAAACUGUAAAUCUGGUCUCAGCCGAUGCUCAGAAGCUGAUGGACUUCGUGGUUUAUUUCAACAGCGUGUGGAUCGCGCCCAUCGAGAUCGUACUCUGCUUCUACUUCCUGUGGCGGCUCCUCGGACCGUCCGCUCUCGCUGGCGUCGCUGCCGUGCUUCUGAUCUUCCCUCUGAACGGACUCAUCGCUAAAAUAAGAAGCAAACUCCAGGAGGUUCAGAUGAAGUUCAUGGACGCUCGCAUCAAACUCAUGAAUGAGAUUCUGAGCGGAGUGAAAAUCCUGAAGUUUUACGCCUGGGAAGAAGCUUUCGUGCGACAAGUGGGCGUCCUGAGAGACGGAGAACUGAACGCCCUGAAGAAAUCUCAGAUCCUUUACUCCGUCUCUCUGGCUUCAUUCAACUCCUCCUCCUUCCUGAUCGCUUUGUCAGUGUUUGGAGUCUACGUGUCGAUCGAUGAGCAAAAUGUUCUGGACGCUCAGAAAAUCUUUGUUUCUGUUGCUCUCAUCAACAUCCUGAAAACUCCACUGAGUCAGCUUCCCUUCGCCAUGAACACCACCAUGCAGGCCUCUGUCGCACUCAGACGUCUCACCAGCUUCAUGUGUCAGGAUGAACUGAAGCCUGACAACGUGGAGAGACUCCCUCACAGCACAGAUGGAGACGGUGUUGUGAUUGAGGACGGGUUCUUCUCCUGGUCUCGUGAGGGUUCUCCGUGUUUGCAAAGGAUCAACAUGAAGGUGAAGACGGGUUCUCUGGUGGCUGUGGUCGGCCAUGUUGGCUCAGGGAAGUCAUCGCUCCUGUCGGCCAUGUUGGGAGAGAUGGAGAGGAGGCGUGGCUUCAUCUCCAUCAAGGGCUCAGUGGGCUACGUCCCCCAGCAGGCCUGGGUGCAGAAUGCGUCUCUGAAGGACAACAUUGUGUUUGGUGCAGAGAGGACGGAGAGCUGGUAUCAUCGUGUGCUGGAGGCCUGUGCUCUGCUGCCGGACCUGGAGCUGCUGCCCGCCCGAGACAGCACCGAGAUUGGGGAGAAGGGCCUGAACUUGUCUGGAGGUCAGAGGCAGAGGCUCAGUUUGGCUCGAGCUGUUUACAGGAAGUCAGAUGUUUACUUGUUGGACGACCCGCUAUCAGCUGUUGACUCGCAUGUGGGACAACAUAUUUUUGAUCGAGUCAUUGGACCCAGAGGACUACUCAAGGACAAGACCCGUGUGCUGGUGACUCAUGGCCUCAGCGUCCUGUCUGAAGCAGACGUGGUCGUGGUGAUGGAGGAUGGUCAGAUUUCUGAGAUGGGCUCCUACAUGGAGCUGAUGGACAGAGAGGGAGCCUUCGCCAAAUUAAUUCAAACCUUCGGUGGAAACCAUGGCAGAGAUGUGUGUGCAGGUAACAGGAAGUCGGUGUCUCGCCUCAGUGUGACUGAUUUCUCCAUCGAUCUCUCUCAGGAACAGCUGAUCAGCUGUGAUCUGAGCAGUGCCAGUGUUCAGGUGACGGAGGCCGACCCUGACCCGGAUUUCUCUGACGAUGCUGGUAAACUGACGGAGGCCGACCGGGUUCGUACGGGGAAGGUGAAGCUGCAGACGUACAGAGAGUACUUCAACACCGUCGGCCUGACCUUCAUCACCACCAUCAUCUUCCUCUGCGCCUUCCAGCAGGCUUCCUCUCUGGCCUACAACUAUUGGCUGAGCCUCUGGGCCGACGAGGCGGCGUCCAACAGCACUGAGACCAAACAUGAGCUGAGGCUGAGCGUGUUCGCUGCACUGGGCCUCACCCAGGGGAUGGCGAUGUUUGGGACGACGCUCGCCAUCGCUCUGGGCGGGAUCGUGGCGUCGCGUCACCUUCACGCCGACCUCCUCCGCAGCGUGCUGCGCUCGCCCAUGUCGUUCUUUGAGGCCACACCCAGCGGAAACCUCCUGAACCGCUUCUCGAAGGAGAUGGACGCCAUCGACUGCAUGAUCCCCGACGGGCUGAAGAUGAUGUUGGGCUACCUGUUCAAGCUGCUGGAGGUGUGCAUCAUUGUGUUGUUGGCCACACCCUUCACAGGGCUGGUGCUCCUCCCCCUCACCUGCAUCUACAUCUUCAUACAGAGUUUCUACGUGGCGUCAUCGUGCCAGCUGCGGCGCCUGGAGGCAGUGAGCCGCUCGCCGAUCUACAGCCACUUCAGUGAGACGGUGCACGGCGCCACUGUCAUCCGAGCCUUUGGCGAACAGCAGCGCUUCAUCCUGCAGGCCAGCCGCCGCAUCGACAGCAACCAGGAAGCUUACUUUCCUCGCUUUGUUGCCACCAGGUGGCUGGCCGUGAAUCUGGAGUUCCUGGGGAAUCUGCUGGUUUUGGCCGCAGCCAUCCUGUCGGUGCGAGGGCGGGAUGAACUGAGCCCGGGCAUCGUGGGAUUGGCCGUUUCACACUCUCUGCAGGUCACAGGAAUCCUGAGCUGGAUCGUUCGAUCCUGGACCGACGUGGAAAACAACAUCGUGUCGGUGGAACGAGUGAAAGAGUACGACAGCACGCCCAAAGAGGCGGCGUGGACCAUGGAGGGUAGCGUUCUGCCGGCAGCCUGGCCGACGACAGGAACGCUUCGGUUUGAGGGUUACGGACUGCAGUACCGUAAAGGUCUGGACUGGGCCUUAAAGGACAUUUCCAUCAACAUCCAGAACAGAGAGAAGGUCGGGAUCGUUGGAAGAACGGGAGCCGGAAAAUCUUCUCUCGCUUUGGCAAUCUUCAGGAUUCAGGAGGCGGCAAAAGGACAAAUCUUUAUCGACGGGAUCGACAUUUCUCAGAUCGGCCUUCAUGAUCUCAGAUCCAGGAUCACCAUCAUCCCUCAGGAACCGGUGCUGUUCUCUGGUUCUCUGAGGAUGAACCUGGAUCCCUGUGACACCUGUUCAGAUGAAGAUCUGUGGAAAGCCCUGGACCUGGUUCACCUCAGCAGCUUUGUAUCAGCACUGCCACAAAAACUGAACCAUCAAUGCUGUGAAGGUGGAGAGAACCUCAGCCUUGGUCAGCGGCAGCUGCUGUGUUUGGCCAGAGCUUUGCUCAGGAAGACCAGGAUCCUGGUUCUGGAUGAAGCCACGGCAUCUGUGGACCUGAGGACAGACCAGCUGAUCCAGUGCACCAUCCGUACUCAGUUCGAUGACUGCACAGUCCUAACCAUCGCUCAUCGCCUCAACACCAUCAUGGAUUCCAACAGGGUAAUCGUGAUGGACCGAGGCUCCAUUGCAGAAAUGGACUCCCCCUCUCAGCUCGUCCAGCUGCAGGGUCGCUUCUACCAGCUGUGUGCUGAGGCUGGUUUGGUUUGACGUGAGACAAAAGGACAGUGACGCUGGACAGGUGUAGAGACCGCACCUUUCAUUCACCUCGAAACUGUUAUUGUUCAGUGACAGAACAUGAACAUUUAU